AUGUUGGCGAGACAAGCACUCCUUCGCUCCGCCCGGACGGCUGCUCCCACCCGGGUGCUUGCCUCGCAGGUCCGCUUCUACGCCGCCCCGGCUGCGAACGAGACCGUCAAGCCUCCCGUCGCCCUCUUCGGCCUCGAUGGCACCUAUGCCACCGCUCUGUACACCGCGGCCGUCAAGACCUCCUCCCUCGAGCCCACCGCCAAGACCCUCACCAGCCUCGACAGCCUGCUGAAGAAGGACCCCAAGCUGGCGACCAUCCUGGCCGCGCCGACGCUGUCCCCCUCCGACAAGAGCGCCAUCGUCGCCGAGCUCGAGAAGGCCGCCGGCGUGCAGGGCGAGACCGUCAAGAACUUCCUGCAGACGCUGGCCGAGAACAACCGCCUGAGCAUCCUGCCCGGCGUGUGCGAGAAGUUCGGCGAGCUGAUAAGUGCGGCGCACGGCGAGGUCGAGAUGACGGUCACCAGCGCUACGCAACUGGAGCCUAAGCUGCUGUCCCGCCUCGAGACUGCCGUCUCCAAGUCAUCCUACGUCGGCCAGGGCAAGAAGCUGAAGGUGACCAACAAGGUCAACCCGGACAUCGUUGGAGGGCUGGUUGUCGAGAUUGGCGACAGGACCAUCGACCUGAGCGUCUCUGGCAAGCUGGCAAAGAUGAACAAGCUCCUCACCGACACCCUGUAA